GCUGUAUCGCGUUGCGGACACACGAACAACUUUGACGAGAAAGAGGCAAGUCCUUCUAUUUUGUGACUUGCUGCAAGAUUGGAAACCUCGCUAUCGAGGACUGAAUGGAUGGGUAUUUAUAACAAGAUGAACGAAUACGCACCACCAUAAUGAAGGUUAUGAACAUCGUCAUCCAAGACAGCCAUUUUCAUAAUAUAUACAUUGCAAACCAGCUCGAAUGGCACGUCAAAUGUAGAAGAUUUACUAUACAACUAAUUGAUCGACACAAGGUUACUCAUAUCCUCGGACCUUCUGUCACGAUGCAAGCUCCUUGUUAUGGCAGCUCAGAAUGUUUUAUCACCGUACCAUAUUUCAACGGCAACCUUAAUACCGACUUCAAGGUGGUGCCCAUAGAUGGGGUCACCGAGUAUCUGGACUUGCGUUCCAACGAGCCUUCUGAGCGUGUAUUGUCCGCUUGGGAGCUAGAAACUGGAGGACAUUAUGAGCCUGUCUUGACGACCCGCAACGGCAUGUAGAGAUACCGCAUUGGCGAUGUCGUCGUCGUCAAAGGCUUUGCGCCAGACGACGGACUACCCGUCAUCAAAUACCUUCAUAUGCGAGAGUGAGUUAUCAGAUGAUUGAGUUGUGACUUAGCAACUGAGAUGCCUGCUGAAGAAGUGGCUCACUUAACC